GUUCGGUGAUAAGUCUCGCUUCCACUCUCUCUCUCUCUCUCUCUCUCUCUCUCUCCCCCAUCUCCUUCCAUUGUUCUUCCCCUUCUCUCUCUCUCUCUCUCUCUCUCUCUCUCUCGCUCUUCCGUUCUUCUAGGGUUUCGUUGAUCACGUUCAAAGUUUUCUCCUUUUUCAUCUCAAUUCUUCUCCGUUACAAUCAGAGGAAAUGGAUUCCAAUUCAUGGAUUAAUUGUCCUUCCGUUUUCCCAUCUUCUUCUUCAUCUUCGCGACGGUGUCAAUCGCGAUCAGGUUCAGAUUUGUAUAUAGGUGGAGGGUACGAGGAUCUUGAAGGAGAAGACGAUUUGAAGUCGGAGUUUAUAUGCCCUUUUUGCGCAGAAGUUUUUGACAUUGUUGGGCUCUGUUGUCACAAUGAUGAAGAGCAUCCUGUUGAGGUCAAGAACGGGGUAUGUCCUGUAUGCACAAAGAGGGUGGGAUUGGAUAUCGUUGGCCAUAUCACUACGCAACAUGCAAACUUUUUCAAGGUGCAGAGAAGGAGAAGGCUGAGAAAAGGAGGAUACAGCUCAGCUUAUCUCGCCUUGAAGAAAGAACUCCGAGAAGCAAACUUACAGUCACUUCUUGGUGGAUCUUCUUCAAGUUUCACUUCUUCAACCAAUAUAGAUUCUGAUCCGCUGCUGUCAUCCUUUAUGUUUAACUCACCUCCAAGCAAAUCUGCUGCACCUGUUGUAGAAGGAACCUCAGCUACAAAACUCUCCCAUAAGGAAACUCUCAAAAGAGACAUUCAAGAAGCUCCACUUUCAAGCGAAGAUCAAGAGAAGGCGAAGAAAAGCGGGUUUGUGCGAGGUUUACUCUUGUCAACCAUGCUUGGAGAUGAUUACUAGAGCGGUCGAAAUUGUUAAAGAGUGGUCUCAACUCUCAAUGUAAGAUGGAGAAAAGCUUGCAAGAUAAGGUGAAGCAGAGUUUAAUCCAUAUCUUACUAGUCAUUGUACCUUGGAACCUUGGUUGUGUGCAUAAACGGAAACAAAGUACACUACUUUCUUUU